GCAGUGUUGAAUAACGUUUGAACCUUAACAGCUGUGGGAAAAAUCAAUUUUGCAACUCCCUCUCGCAUUUCUGAAGAAACUUGUCCGCGAGAAAAGCACGGAUAAAAAUGACCAACGGAGACUGCUUUGUUGUUUUGCCCGAGAACUGUGCCGAAGGAACGUUGAUCAUUGGUCGCAAUGCGGAGGACGAAAAAAACGUCAACAUUGCCUCGGAGGUUUGCUUCUACGAUGCCACCGAAGUGCUUGAGGGGAAGACUGACGGUGGAGCUACUGCCGAGACGGGCGGCGAUGUGUUGCGUGUCAUACUGCAAAAACCGAAGCCGGGUCUCUGGGGUGGUGACUUCGGGGCCAACGAACGCGGAGUGGCCCUAGGUCUCACCUGGGCGGCAGGUGAAACCAAGGCCAGGGACAGCGACAGCCUGCUGGGGACGGAUAUAGUGCGCUUGACUUUGGCUGUGGCCAAAGACGUGGACGAUGCUGUGGACCGGAUUGGAGCUUUGGUGGCCAGUCACGGUCACGACAACUCCAAAAUGAACUUCAUCGCUUGUGAUGCAGUUGCUGCCUGGUUUGUAAGCUGCUCUGGCAAGGUAUGGGCCGCCGAGAAAUUGGAGGCCAGCUUUUUGCGGUUGCCCUCCGGUGGACUGGCUGUAACAACUGUGGUGAACAAGUCAAGCGAGGGAUUGGAUGAUGCCGCCAGUUUUGCCGCUGCUCAUGAUGCUGAGGCCCAGGCCCCGGCAGAGGAUUGGUGUGGUCCCAAGCCAGCUGGCGAUGGAACAUACACCCAGCACGAUAUGUUUGAGACACUACGUGCCGCCAGUAAUGCGAGCAGCUCAAGGGCGGCCACCGUUUCAGUGUUGUCGGCGAAGGGAAUUUCGUGCCAUUGGUUUACCGGCACGCCCAAUGCCGCCGAGUCUGUGUUCAAGCCGUUCGUUUUUGCCCCAAAGCCGAGAAUCUCGCCUCUCACCCAAGUGCAGGCGGAUGCAGACUUGACGUUGCUGCACAAGCUACACUCUCAACGCAAGCCGGCCGCCUUGGAGCACUUGCGCAGCCUGGAGCGCUCCUGCGUGGACGAGCUAAAUAACUAUUUCUCUCUGCAGGAUCACGCCAGCGACGAGCUGGACGAACUGCUCAAGGACUGCGUCGAGGCGGAAGUCAAGUUCUAUCGCUAGACCAACGAAUACUGUCUAUAU